AUGUCUGUGCGGAAUAGUGAAGUAGAGACAAAUGGUUGGACAACUUUCGAUGUACCAAAUCAAUUUGAAGAUCUACAAAAACAACUCGCUACUGGUUCCUAUUAUGUACAAAAUGUUCUUGAUCUUGCCGAUAUUAACACACGUUUACAAAAUAUUUCACGAAUUCGAGAACCAAAAGAACUACUUGAGAUGUUUCCAUUCUUCUACAGUAUUGCCAUUCAUUUUGAUAAAGUAGCAAUUACUGGACGUUCUCAAGCUGUUGAAAUAUUACUUCGAUUAACGGCAAGUGAAAUGUCUGAAGCACAACGAAGAAUUCAUAUUGGUCUUUCAGCUGAUGAUCGACGUUUUCAUUUAAAUAUCGUUAAAAUGCUUUCAUGUCUUCUUGCUGAAUAUAUUAUUCGAUUUGAUAAUGAUCAGACUAAUAAAUCAUCAGAUUUCGAUAUGCCUGCACCAAAAAAAGGUAAAAAAGUAAAGGAAGCAGAAAGUGGUGGAAAAUCAUCUUUAACAUCUGAUGCAUUGAGAGAUAAAUGUUUAAAAGGUCUUUGUGAUAUUCUUCGAUCACAUAUUAAACCAUUAUGGGAUUCAUCAAUUAUUGACGAACAAUUUGUCAAAUCUGUAACUAAACCAUGUUAUCAUUUACUUCGUCGACAAGAUAUUGCAAAAAAUCCAAUUGUAAAAGAAAAUCUUCCAUUAAUACUUACUAUUAUGAUUAACAAAUUUGAACAUGCAAGAGAAGCAUCUAUUCAAUUUAUUCAAGCAGUUAAACUUUAUGAUAGUAAUUCAAGUUUACUUAUUACAGUUUUGAAUUCACUUCUUAUUGAUUAUCAAGAUACAUCAUUAGCAAUUGAAUUAUUAAAAGAAAUUUGUGAAACUAAUUUUGUAGCUGCACAAGCUGAUAAUGCAUCAGCAAAAACCAUGGCAACAUUUAUUAUAGAUAUGGCUAGACUUGAUCCACAUAUUAUUCGAACACAUAUUGAUCAAAUAACUGAUUUAUUAACAGCUGAAAGUCAUCAUAUUCGUGUUGCUGCUUUAACAGCAUUAUGUUCUGUUAUUGAAAAACUUCUUUCAUCGGAUGAUUUAGAUGAUGGACAACGAAAAAUGCGUGAUGAUCUCUUACAAAUCCUACGUGAACAUGUAUCUGAUGUAACAGCAUUUGUUCGACAACAUUGUUUACAAUUAUGGACAUUACUUGUACAACAAAAGAAAGUUCCUGUUAGACAAUAUAUUCGAGCAUUUGAACUUGGACUUGAUCGAUUAAGAGAUUCAGCUUGUGCUGUUCGAAAAGAUGCAGUAACACUUGUUAUGCAUAUGGUUCUUAAUAAUCCUUAUUUUGUUGUUGAUUCAACUCGAUCUCAAUUUGAAGAACGACAAAGUGAUGCAGAAGCAAAAUUAGCUGAACUUCAUGGUGAACUUGAAAAAUUAAAUAAAAUUACAAAAGAACAAAAGAUAAUGAAAGAAAAACAAAUUGAAUCUGAUGAUGAUGAGGAAGAUAGUGGAGCAGAAGAUAAAAGUAUUGAUGAAGAGGAUGAAAUGAAAGUUGAUAAGAAUCAAGAAAAAGAAAAUCCUUCAAAUGAAGAUCAAUCUUUACAAGAUACUUUAGAUCGAGUUAAAAUUGAAGAACAAAUUAUGCGUAUUGAAGAAAUUGUUACUUUAUUUAAAGAUGGUUUGAGAUUUAUGGAUUUAAUUGAACAAGCAAAUCGUCAUGUUGUUAAUUUAUUUAAUUCACCUACAUUAGCUGAUUGUAAACAAGCAGUUGAUUUUUUUGUUAAUCUUCGUCAUUAUCGUCUUGUUUUGCCAAAUAUUGAACAAAGUUUACGUUUAAUGUUUAGUCUUAUUUGGUCUAUUGAUAAAUCAAUAUGUGAAGCAAUUACACAAGCUUUUGUUAAAAUUUACUUUGAUGUUGCACCAACAGUUCCUGUUGCACAUGUACCACUUCAUCAAGCUCGUGCAAUAAUUCGUGCACUUAAAGGUGCUACAUUUUCUGAAGAAUUAUGUUUUGAAGAAAUUCUUAAACAAUUAAUUAAAGGAAAAAAAAUUUCAACUGAAGCUAUAACGGAAGCUUUAUGGAAAUUUUAUAAAGCUCCACCAGAUGAUAAUACAGAUGUUAUUGCAGGAAAAAUUCUUACAUUUAUUGUUGGAAAUGAAGUGAAUACAAAAUUAAAUGAUAUAACAGAUCUUAUUCAAGCAAAAGAAAAAAAUCGUCGUUUUGUACAUAUAUCAUGUUUACUUUUACAAUUAGCUGCUACACCUAAAAAGAUGGAAAAUGGUGUUCGACCAAAACAAUUUCGUUUACCAAAAACACAUCGUUUAUUUGAAAUUCUUGGCAAUAUUAUUGUUUCAACUUUUCAUGAUGUUUCCGAUCGACAAUGGACACCUAUGAUGGAAUCAGCAUUUGAUGUUAUUUUUAAAUUAGCUGAUGGACCAAUAAAACAUAUUGAAAAUAUCAUAAAAAAAACUUGCUGUUAA